UCGGUCAGCCUUAUAAAAUUUACUGUGCCUGGAGGCACUGGCAGCCAGCAUGGCGACAGACACGGACAAUGCGUGUUUGUCUGUCACAGGACUGUCUGGACGUAACGGCAGUAGCUCCAGUGGCACGACGUCCCCGACCUGUAACCAGAGCAUGCUCAAACUAGCCCCUUACUCUCCCGAGGCGACUGCUGCUUUUGCCACUGCCAUUACUCUCAUGGUACUCUUUACCAUCGUGGGAAACAUCCUGGUCAUUAUCGCCGUUCUCACCAGCCGUUCUCUGAGGGGCCCACAGAACCUCUUCUUGGUCUCGUUAGCAGCGGCUGACAUCCUGGUAGCCACGCUGAUCAUCCCGUUCUCUCUGGCCAACGAACUGAUGGGUUACUGGUACUUUCGCUCGGUGUGGUGCGAGAUUUACCUGUCUCUGGACGUUCUCUUCUGCACCUCUUCCAUUGUGCACCUCUGUGCCAUCAGCUUGGAUCGUUACAUGUCCAUCUCGCGAGCGGUGACGUACGGACGUCAGCGCACGCCUCGCAGGAUCAAAGCGGCAAUCUUGGUCGUGUGGCUCAUCGCGGCGGUGAUCUCCUUCCCUCCGCUCCUCUCAAUGAACAAGAAAGGGAGCGCGGAUUCGGAAAGCGGACCACAGUGUCAGCUGAAUGACGAACGGUGGUACAUUCUCUACUCUACUAUAGGAUCCUUCUUUGCCCCAUGUCUCAUCAUGAUACUGGUCUAUAUGCGGAUCUAUCAGAUCGCCAAGCAACGCACCCGAAGCCUGCCGGGAGAGCCCAGGAAAGAAGGGGCGUCGGCCGCCUCGGCAUGUGCCACCCCGCAGCAGAAAGCACGUUCGCAGGUCCAGCAGAACGGGCGGGGAGAGGGCGUGGCAACGCCUAAAACCCCUCAGAAAAAACACUCGGCGCCAAGGCCCCCGACCUUGGCCGUGCCCCAGACCAUGUCCCCGAAUCCAGGCAAGCAGCAGCCGGCGACGACCCCGACCUCCAACAACCUGCUGCAGCCCCCGUCUCCGUCCACCGCCCUGACCCCCACCACCCCGUCCACGCCUCUCGGCCCUUCUCCCUCUCUCUCUCCCUCUCUCUCCUCCACCCAUCAACAAGAAGAGGCCCCCAGCAAACCUCGAGAGGAGAAAAAGGAUAAGAGGGUCGAUAAGAAACAAGACAACAACAACGGAGAGAGUUCCAGCACAGAUUCGGACACCGAACACGGAGGGAGAGGAUCGGGGGACCGAGGGACACCCCGCAUGGGGCGUUCUCCCAGCGGGGGCAUCCACUCUCCCGCCACAACGCAGAAAUACAGAGACAUGAUCGCCACGGCCAGAGGAGCCAAACUGGCAGCGCGGAAGUCAAAGCAGGAGGAAACCCCGAACUCCGCGAGACGCAAGGCCAUGGUCAACCGGGAGAAGCGUUUCACCUUCGUGCUGGCGGUGGUGAUAGGAGUUUUUGUGGUCUGUUGGUUCCCUUUCUUCUUUUCGUAUAGCCUGCAGGCGGUGUGCCCAGAGACUUGCGCCCUUCCGGAACCCCUUUUCAAGUUCUUCUUCUGGAUUGGCUACUGUAACAGCUGCCUAAACCCAGUCAUUUACACGAUAUUCAAUAAAGACUUCCGCAAAGCUUUCAAGAGGAUUCUCUGUAAGAAUACCAAGGGUACUUUCUUUUAAAAGUGCCAGGCAUCAUCCAGCGAGACACUUAGCGUUA